AUGGGCAGCGGGAGGGGAGCCGGGGCUCGGAGCGGGAUAGGGGCCGCGGUGCGGGCGCUGGUGCUGGCGGGGCUGCUGUGCGCGCUGCGGGCCGGCGGGACCGAGCUGACCUUCGAGCUGCCCGACAGCGACAAGCAGUGCUUCCACCAGGAGCUGGAGCGCGGCCUCAAGUUCACGCUGGACUAUCAGGUGAUCAGUGGGGGCCACUAUGACGUGGACUGCUACGUGGAGGACCCCAACGGCAAGAUGAUCUACAAGGAGACCAAGAAGCAGUAUGACAGCUUCCCGCACCGCACCGAAGUCAAGGGUGUCUACACCUUCUGCUUCAGCAACGAGUUCUCCACCUUCUCCCACAAAACAGUCUACUUCGACUUCCAGGUGGGCGACGAGCCACCGAUCCUGCCCGACAUGAGCAACCGUGUCACCGCCCUGACACAGAUGGAGUCUGCCUGUGUCACCAUCCACGAGGCUCUGAAGACGGUGAUCGACUCCCAGACUCACUAUCGCCUGCGGGAAGCGCAGGACCGGAGCAGAGCCGAAGACCUCAACGGACGUGUCUCGUACUGGUCGGUCGGAGAAACCCUGAUCCUCUUCGUGGUCAGCAUUGGGCAAGUGCUGCUGCUCAAAAGCUUCUUCACCGAGAAGAGAGCCGGCAGCGGCAGGGCCAGCACCUAGAGCCACGGCUGCCGGGGAGCGGGCAGGCGGCCUCCUCCUGCCUCGUGCCUUACUCUGGGUUUCACAAGAUGCUGCCAUGGGGAGGUGGCUGGGGGGGAGCAGGGGAUGACAUGACGCUGCUGAGCCAGGUGGAAAAUGGUUACCCAAGCAGGAGCAUCCCCCAGCUGAUCCCCCCCAGCCUCACCUCCCGCUUCGCCUCUGCCUGCCCUGCAUCCCCAUCCCUUCACCCUGCUGGGCUGUCCCUGCUCACCAGCUCUAGUGGGAAAAUGGGUGGGUGUGCUGAGGUUUGGCAUCCACACUGCCCACCUUGUCAGAUGCCCAGUACACCUUCAGAGCUGAUGUGACUGCAGCGUGCAGCCCGGCACCCAGCAUGGCCACGUGCUGCCCAGCGGGGCAGGGGCUCUGCCCAGGCCAGCAAGGGCACGAGGCAGCGCUGACUCACCCAGCACCCACCUUCCCAGCACUCCUGCCCCCAGCCAAGGGCUGUUAACCCAGAAGAGAGCUGCCCUGUGCAGGCAGAGGAGUGAGCCCAGCUCCCCUUUUUAUCCCACGGCAGGGCCAAAGCCAUCAGCAGCAUCCCAUGAGCCGCUGGCUCGAAAGCAGAGGUGCGGGGCUCUGUGCAGGGCUUUUUUCUUGGUGGUUUCUAUUGCAAGUCCCUGUUGUCACAGCAAAGCAUUUCCCAGGCCUUUCUGUGCCACAGAGGCAUACAGCAUGCCCUGUGCAAGAUGGUAUUUUCAUACUUACUGGAGUCCAUGCCUGGGGCUUGGCCCCCUGCACAUCCCACUGAGCACAGCAGACAGCUGAGGUGAGCACAGCUCUGCCUAGCAGAGGAAGCCCCAUCCUACCCCAGCAGCAGUGAGGACCCCCAGCACCCCUGGGUCUGGGUCCCCAUUCCCUGGAGCCCCACAAAGCAGAGACCUCCCACAAGCGCAGCCCAUCAGCCGCCGCCAGCCCUCCAGAGCAGGAGCAGAACCACUGGCAUUUUACUUUGGCACUUGACAAUAAAGCCCUGUGAGCGUG